AAGGCUUUAGAGGUGAUUUUUGACGAUGGAAGUGAGCAUGGUGGUAUCUCUAGUGGUGAAAAUCCUAGCGAAGAAUCGAGGUAAGUAAUCUGUAAACAUUCUUGCGAUAUUUAAAUGCGUGACGCAUGUGGUGUUGAAACAUUUACUUUUACUUUUCGCGCACGAAUCCUUGUUUUUUGCCUUAAGACAAACCUGUAAAUGUAUAUUUGUGAGUGAAAAGCAACAUAUAUUGUGAUCAAACAUGAUUUUUGAGCGACAGAGAUAAUAAUCUUUAAUGGAAUGUUAGAACGCAACGACCUAAAUCAUCAGCCGAUGACAGAUCGAAUGACGCAGUGUGCGUCCGAACUAAGUCAAAUAAAAUCUUUUAUUUUUAAACGGUAGUUGAAUAUAUAUCGACCUGUACAUUAUCUUAUGUUUUGCAUGUUUUUUAGAUGUGGUUCUACUUGUUACAUGCUGAAAAUUCACAAAACAAACAAAUUAUGCUCAAGGCUUUUGAUAUAUGUUGCGCUUUAUGUAUUUUGAGUUUGAUUAUCUCAUUUGUCCCUGUUUCAAGGCAAAAUUUCAGAAGUCAAACAAAGAAAUAUAGUCCCAAUGAUUGCACUGUAGACUUCAAGAGAGAUUAGUAAAUUUAGGCUUGGGGUGAUGACAAGAUAAGGUCUGACUAAUUAGUCUGUAUGUCAAUCUUCAAACAAAGAACUAUAGUUCCAAUGUUUGCACUGUAGACUUCAAGAGGGAUUAGUAAAUUUGGGCAGUUCACUUCUGAAUUGUUUACUCUUGAAAAUAAUGGUGGUGCAUUGCAAGUGAAAGUCUUUUGAUAUAUGUUGUGCUCUAUGUAUUUUGAGGUUGAUUAUCUCAUUUGUCCCUGUUUCAAGGCAAAAUUUCAGAAGUCAAACAAAGAAAUAUAGUUCCAAUGAUUGCAUUGUAGACUUCAAGAGGGAUUAGUAAAUUUGGGCUUGGGGUGAUGACGAGAUAAGGUCUGACUAAUUAGUCUGUAUGUCAAUCUUCAAACAAAGAACUAUAGUUCCAAUGUUUGCACUGUAGACUUCAAGAGGGAUUAGUAAAUUUGGGCAAUUCACUUCUGAAUUGUUUACUCUUGAAAAUACUGGUGGUGCAUUGCAAGUGAAAGGCUUUUGAUAUAUGUUGUGCUUUAUGUAUUUUGAGGUUGAUUAACUUAUUUGUCCCUGUUUCAAGGCAAAAUUUCAGAAGUCAAACAAAGAAAUAUAGUUCCAAUGAUUGCAUUGUAGACUUCAAGAGGAAUUAGUAAAUUUGGGCUUGAGGUGAUGACGAGAUCAGGUCAGACUAAUUAGUCUGUAUGUCAAUCUUCAAACAAAGAACUAUAGUUCCAAUGUUUGCACUGUAGACUUCAAGAGGGAUUAGUAGAUUUGGGCAUUUCACUUCUGAAUUGUUUACUCUUCAAAAUACUGGUGGUGCAUUGCAAGUGAAAGGCUUUUGAUAUAUAUUGCGCUUUAUGUAUUUUGAGGUUGAUUAUCUCAUUUGUCCGUUUCAAGGCAAAAUUUCAGAAGUCAAACAAAGAAAUAUGGUUCCAAUGAUUGCACUGUAGACUUCAAGAGGGAUUAGUAAAUUUGGUUUGGGGUGAUGAUGAGGUCAGACUAAUUAGUCAGUGUGUCAAUCAGUGUUCACUAAAUAUGUGUAACACAUCUCAGAUUUGUUAUUUUCUAACCAAUUUUUUAUGGAGAUGUUGCCCAUAUAACAAGGAACCUCUUUAGUUAAUUUUUGCCUCAUUACUUUGUAUUAUUUGGGUAUCACUUAAUUCACAGUUUAAAUUUUGAUGAUAUUUUAUGCUAAUUAAUGCUAGUUUGAAAGCAUUCAAUGAGGUUUUUUCCUUUUUCUUGGAGAGGAAACAUGCAUUUCAGGAAAUCUCAUUUACUGCUGUUUCAAGUGAGCUAUAGCUCACUUCCCUUGUGUAAAUACUUGGUGAGGAAUAAAUUUUUCAAUAAUCUGGGUCAAUUUUUAUGGUUUUGGGGUACAGUUUGGAAAAAAAUUCUAAUUAAUUCCGUAUUUGUUCUUUUUCAGCCAGAGUCUCUGGAUGUCUUGCCCAUAAGAUAAGGAAUAUUUUAUCUAAGAAAUGUUUCCUUUUAACUCCAAUCCAUUCAGGCCCAGGCUGUUUCAAAGUCAAAAGUUUUACAAUAAUUUAUGCAAAUUGUAUGCCAUUUUCUUAGCAUGAUUUAAAAUCUAUGGAUUUUUGGAGGCAAAAUAUAUUUUUUCUGAAAAGCUAAUUUUGUCCUCUUUCAAAUGAGAUAUAGCACUAAUCACUAGUGUUAAUACUGUUGACAAAGAAAAAAGGUUACCAUCAUUUGUCAUUUUUUUUUAAGUCUACAAUAAAGAGUUAAUGCAAUCGAUCUUCCUCUCACGUAGAUGAAAGGUUUUUUAGGUCAAAUUACUCAAUUUCUCGGAAAAUCUUGAGUCGUUCUCCAAAAAAAUAGAUACCUUAUUCAGGUCGACGGGUAGAUUUGGCUUGAUGUUAUUUUCCUCAGGCUAUCUACGUCGGUAAAAUGAAAUAUAAAUAGCUCCCCGAAAUUUAUUCGUCGCCAAGUUCCAGGAAAAAAUCGCGUUGUGUUGUCCCUCAAAUUGACGAGCUAUGGCAGGUUAUGAUAAAUACGUUCCAAAUAAUGCCAUAGCAAUUGCCAUUGGGAAAGUCCAUUGUCUUGGAAUUCAGUUAUAACGUGAGCUGGUAUGAUAAUCGAAUGUUUUUUUUUCCUCUUUGAUAAAGAAAUCUUACUAUCGUCUUACAUUUCUCCUUGAGUCUCCAUGAGUCAAUCCCUUGGUUAAUUCAAGGGUCUCACCUCUCUUGGUCAUCUUCCUAAUGCACAAUAGAGCUACUUCGAUAAAACAUUCCUCGAUUUCGAGAAAAGGCCUGUAAACAACGCCACAUUAAAGACAUUUGCGAGCUUAAACUGAGUAUGAAGCCCUACUUUGAAAGGAUGUAAACACAAUAACCCCCAGUAAUCCUUAUACUAAUUGCUGUAUCAAAGCGAUCCUUCGUCUGAACAAGCCAAGAUACGUACAGCGGAAAAGGCCCAACAAUUAUAGAGUUGAGGUUAUCGCUUGUAACAGAAUAUAAGUGUGGUCUUAUUGGAUUCUUGCUUUUUUGUGUAGUCUAGGUCAACCGAAUUUUACUUCCCUGACUACCCUUAUUUAAACAAAUACGCAGAGAGAAAGACAAUUUCUAUAGUGACUAUGUUUCCAAGAAAAGAGUUUAAUGCUAUCGAUCUUUCUUUCAAGGAUAUGAAAGGAUUUUUCGGUCAAAUUACUCGGAAAAUCUUGAGUCGUUCUCCAAAAAAAAAAGACACAGAUAUCUACCUUAUCCAGGUGGACGGGUAGAUUUGGCUUGAUUUUAUUUUCCUUCCUAUCUACGUCGGUAAAAUGAAAUACAAAUGGCUCCCCGAAAUUUAUUCGUCGCGAAGUUCCAGGAAAACAUCGCGCCAUGUUGUCCCUCAAAUUGACGCGCUAUGGCAGGUUAGGAUAAAUACGUUUCGAAUAAUUUUACUGUAAUUGUCAUUGGUAGAGUCCAUUGCCCUGUAAUUCAGUUUUAACGUGAGCUGGUAUGAUAAUCGAAUAUUUCAUCUUUCCUCUUCGUUAAAGAAAUCCUACAAUCGUCUUACAUUACCUCGGCAAGACUAUAACCAUUGCCGAAGACAAACACAAAAGGAACUUUUUAAGACUUUUAGAGCGUUAAUGAUGAAAAAGUUUUCCCUUUUUAAAUUUCGCAUUAUUGAUGCUGAACUAUCGUGCUGAGAAUGACGAGACUUUCCUCACCUUCGUGUCAACACUCUCUUAACGACAGAUACGCGUGGUUGAUACUAUCAGAAUACAUUUGACUGUCUUGUCACGCAACACCUUUUCCUCCUUGAAGAGAUAACGCAUUACAUGACGUGCUAAACCAACAACAGCUCCGAUGAGAUCAAGUAUAUCUUAUCAAUGAUUCUUCUGUUACUUUCUCAGGCUCCAGUUUCAAAUGCUACCAAUGUAUACCUGAAACAGAUGGUGUCAAAGAAUAUACCACGGAACAGUGCUUGAAAGAUCAGACAAUUAUGGACUGCAUCGACAGAGAUCCGGUAGAUCCCACCGAGUAUGCAUGUGCCAGAAUGCAUAGCGUGAGCGAUGAUGAUAAAGAGUAUGAGACGAGAGCUUGCUAUGUCAAAAGCGUCUGCGAAGAGAGGAAGAAAAAAUGCGAGGAUAAAGCCCAGUUAAAGGCAUUGGGAUUAAAAGAGUGCACCAUCACUUGCUGUGUUAGUGAUGGUGACACACCCUGUAAUGGUGGCUUGUCCGUCUUCAUUGACUCUAUGAUGACGGUGAUGUUGGCUGUUUUGUGCACUUUGAAGCUGUUUUAGCUACACACUCCCCAUAGAGGUCAACUUGUAAUGCUUUAUCUGCCAAUCAAAUGUCUGGAUAAUUGCUUUUGAUUUUGAAGUCAAAGUAAAAUAAACUGAUUCGUGUGUUUAGUGAGAUAGUUUUGUUAAAUGAUAUUCUCUUGAGGAUGAGUUUAUUGCAGAAUAGAAUUCCAUUGUUACCUUUAAUGAUCAUGGCGGUAUAAUAAAGUUACUGAGAUUGAUUGGCACGAAUGUUUUCUUCAUUAUCAGUACUCGAGUAUAAACAACCGGAUUUUCCGUUUUUGUAAUUUUUACUAGUUCCUCUCUGUCUAAUACCCAGGUUUGAAUAAUGGUGGGGUUUAUUAAUG